AGAGGGCUGAACGAGGCGCCAUGGCAGAGCAGCAGCCCGCGGCCGACAGCCCCAGUGAGUUCAACGUCUUUAUUAAGACUUUGUUUGGCAAAACUUUUGUCAUCCCAGUGUCUCUGGAUACCAGUGUCCGGGAGCUCAAGGCCAAGCUGAACGCACAGGACCCCUCCCUGCUCCCCGAAAUGGGAAGGCUGAUCUACGGCAGCAAGCAGUUGGAGGACGACCAGACCCUGCGGUACUAUAGAGUCAAACCCGAGUCCUCUUUGUAUCACCUACGAAGGUUGCGAGGUGGUGGCGCAGGUCUCGAGUUUCCAGGUAAGGUCACGUCCUGGUCCUCACUGAGAACCUGGUGCUGUGGGGCUGGUGGAGCUGCACGGUGGUGAGCGCAGGACCACAACUCACUGCAUGGUGGUGAGCAUGUCCCUGCCACGGCCAUGGAGGAGGAUGUGGAAGUUGUGGGAGAUGUCGGAGCAUGUACACGAGAGGACUAGUGUGGUUGGUGGGAUCAGGAAGGUUGGGUGAAGGCUGCUUCAGGAUGGUUUCUUCUCCCAAACAUGGGUCAAAAAUGACAAUGUCUUCCUGUUCCUGUUACAGACCUCCUCACACGGCGUUUACUCUAUCAGCGAUCUCGGCUUAAAAAGGCCUCAAAGAGCGCAGAGGUGAGGUCUGGCAGGACACGAUGCCUGGGGCUGGGGUGCCUGAGUGAGGAGCACCAUGGGGCUGGGGAGGAAGGCACAGCUGCAGCGCAUGGAGUCACAGCCAGCCCUGAGGAUGGGCAGUCCGGCACUGCCCAUCGCCACCACAGCAGCGUGCAGGGCAGCAGGAGCUGGUGGGCGCUGUCCUCAGCCGCCGGAGAGGGACCUCACCCUUCCGGCAGGCCAGGCGGGCACAGCUCCUGCCCCAGCCUGUUCCCUCCCUGCGGGAGCGGGGCGCAGGGCCAGCACUACACCUGAUGCCGGGGAUGUUGCUUAUGCUCUCAGACCUCUCCUCCUGCCUCCAGCAGGCAAGCACAGCUGGAGAGGAGAACUACAGCUUGUGAGCGUUUUCCCCUUUGUUCCCCUCUGCAGGAGAGAUAUCACAGGGUGAAGUUGGGAUCAUUGCCAUGGAAGAAGUGUGGCUGCAUG